AUAUAUAUAUAUAUAGAGAGAGAGAGAGAGAGAGAGAGAGAGAGAGCGAUCAAUGAGUCACACUGAAGGUGCUGGAGGACGCAGUGGUGUCAUCAUGUCUGUUGUUUUUCUAUCUGCAUUGCUGCUUCUGCCCACUGUGGCGUCUGGCUCCGUCUCUUCAAGACUGCCGCCCAGACAUUGUCGCAGGUGUUGUGAUCAGCUGGACCCGCCCCUGAACCCCGCCUCCCAUCCUGCAGCCAAUCAUACACCUGAGAUCCGCACCUUUAUUAACAUGACAAUCCUCAAAGGAGAGAAAGGAGAGCGUGGUGACAGAGGAACUCCUGGCAAACCCGGUGGUGAUGGACCUCCAGGAUUCAGAGGCGAGACCGGACCCAAAGGCAGUAAAGGAGACACCGGAGCUCCUGGUGAUCCCUGUAAAGUCCAGCAGUCCUCUUUCUCGGUGGGCCGACGCAAAGCUCUGCACAGCUCCGAUUAUUACCAGGCUCUGAUCUUUGACACGGUCUUUGUGAAUCUGGACCAACACUUCAACAUGUUCAAAGGCAAGUUCUUCUGUUUAGUGGCAGGAGUUUAUUUCUUUAAUGUCAACAUUCACACCUGGAACUUUAAAGAGACGUACCUGCAUCUGAUGCACAACGACCACGAGCAGGUGAUUCUGUACGCGCAGCCCAGCGAUCGAUCCAUCAUGCAGAGUCAAAGCGUCAUGCUGUCAUUAGAGCUGAAUGAUGAAGUUUGGGUGAGACUGUACAAACGUCAGCGAGAUAAUGCCAUUUACAGCGAUAACACAGACAUUUACAUCACAUUUAAUGGACAUCUGGUGGCACCUAAACCGUAAAAGACAAAGAGACAGACAGUGAAUAUUCUUUCAUUCUUCAUCUCAUACUGAUGAAAUGACUCUUUUUUUUUUGGUCAUGAGAUCUUUCAUUUACCUUCAUUGUCUCUCUGGAUGAGUGAUGAUGAUGAUGAUGUAUGUUUAACAUCAGGGUGUUUUUCUCAUUUCAUCUUUAAACACAUAAACAAGGGGUUUUUGUCUGGACUGUUCCUUUAAUUUCAGUUCCCUUCUAGUAAAAUGGAGUCAGUGUGAAAUGAUGCUGUAGAUGUUUUCUCUGGCAGCUGCUCUAGGAUCAGUCUUUAUCUCGUCUUGUGUUCGUCAGUUGGGUUCAUGAAGGCUCUCUUCAAUAAAGAAUCACAAAUCUCAACCAUUAAUAGUUUCUCUUCACACUCGUCUUUUAUUCCAGUUGUCAUUUUAUUUCAUGAGUUUAUAAACCGAUGCUGUUAGUGUAUCAGCAGGUGCUCAGUUGUGUGUUUACUUUCUACAAAUAUUACUAUAAUUCUGAUGAUGUUUUGCUCAUUUUGAUAUAUUUUCAAUUAAAUUCAGCAACAAAAUAAUCACAAACUA